AUGGGUUGGGAUGAAUUACCAUCUAUUCUAUUAGAAGACAUUUUCAGUCUUGUUUCAAUUACUCAGCGUUAUUAUUGUUCUCAAGUUUGUCGAUCAUGGAAUGAAAUAUUUUAUUCGUCUGUUGUUUGGGAUACAUUUGUAUUUGAUGGUGUUACAUUUACACGAAAAAAAUUUAAUUUAUUUCGUGGUUAUGAACGUAUCCUUAAUUCUUAUCGUGUUCAACGUUAUUUAUCACGUAAAAGUCAAUGUAUGAGACGGUUAAUUAUAAAACCUAUUCCUGAAUAUCAUAAUAUGUGUGAUUUUCUUAAUGUAUUAUCAAGCUUUAUUCAUUACCAUAGACAAGAUUAUUAUCCAUUUUCGUAUCUCGAAGAAUUUUCAUUUACAUUUCAUGUAUUAGUUUCGAUUGAAGAUGAUACAAAUAAUCAAGGAGGUAUUAUCAAUGCUUAUUAUCAACAUCCAAAUGCAAUUAUACGUGGUAAAAAACGUUACUAUGGUACCGGUGGAAAUAUCUUAGAAACGUUACGUCGUUUUAUAUCAUCUAUUCGUUGUUUAAAACGUUUCUAUUUAAAUAAUCUUCUACUCGAAUCAAAUUCUGAUAUAGGUUCAUGUCUCGAUGAACUUCUUGAAAAUUCCUGUGAAACACUUGAACACCUUGAAAUACUCAAUUAUACAUCGCACAUCAUACCAUUGUAUACAGUUGGAUUAUUUUCAAAUCUAUAUUCAUUAUCAAUUAGUUCGCAUUCGUUGAGUGAUGAUGUUCUUCUUCUAUUUGCAAAUCAUCUUGUUAAUUUGCAUCGAUUGAAUAUUAUACAAGAUGAAUUAACUAUACCAUGCCGUUAUUCAGAUUCAGUUUGGAUAGAAAUUGAUUUGAUUUUACGAGAAAAUAAAAGGCAAUGGUGUAUUCGAAUGGUCACUAAAGGAAAAUGUAAAACUGAGCCAUUUUGGCCACCUAGUCCAGCGCCUGUACGAGCUAUUGUUUAUGAUACACAUUCGGUUCGAGCCGUGCAAAGUUCAAUUUAUACUUGUAUGGAACAAUAUAGUAAAACAUUAGAGAUCUAUGCUCAUUUGAAAUCAAUGUGUCGCGUCUACGUACCACGAUCAUUUUUAGAACGUGCCGAUACAGCUUAUAUUGGUGUUGUGAAGACAGUUCGAUAUUUAAAUACAUUAGCAAUUCGAGAGCGAAUUUCAACUGCAACUUGCCUUCUCAUAGCCUAUUAUGGUACAAAACAUAAUCUUAAACAUUUUUAUCUGCGACGCAAUUGCGUUAUUUUACGAAAUGAAUAUCGUCAAUAUGUAUUUAAUGAACGCGAUGAUAAUAAUGAACAAAUACAUUCAUGGUUGGAAAAAAAUUGCCGAAAAUACGAUCAUGUAGAAGAUGCUUUAUCGAUAUUAUUUGGACGACCAUGGAAAAUGCUUACAGAUUGGGAAUAUAAUCAUAUUGACGCUUGA